CAUGCGGCUGCCGCUGCUCCGCCCGCCUCUCCACCGCGUCCGUGCCUUGGGCCGCCCGUCCGUCCGCGCCCUCAUGAACCUCCGGGAGCUCAUUUCUGCCCUGAAUGACUUCGCAUCCCCCUCUCUGGCUGAAAGCUGGGACAAUGUGGGACUGCUGGUGGAACCAAGUCCUCCCCACACUGUGAACACCCUUUUCCUCACUAACGACCUCACUGAGGAGGUGAUGGAAGAGGCAGUGCAGAAGAAAGCGGACCUCGUUCUUUCUUACCACCCUCCUAUAUUCACGCCACUCAAGCGAGUAACGUGGAAAACCUGGAAGGAACGGCUGGUGGUCCGAGCCCUGGAGAACAGAAUCGGGAUUUAUUCUCCACAUACGGCGUACGAUGCCGUACCUCACGGAGUUAACAACUGGCUAGCCAAGGGACUCGGUGCCUGUACUUCUGUCCCACUGCGUCCAUCAACUGCACCAAGCUCUCCAUCUGAGGGCACUCACCGGGUAGAGUUCUGUGCAGAUGCUGAGCAUCUGGAUGCAGUGCUGUCCAAAAUCAAAGGCAUCCCAGAGAUUUCUUGUCUAACUACUCUUCCAGCUAGGGUUGAAGGUGAGGAGCAAACACGAGUCAGUUUGAUGUGCUCUCAGAAAGGACUGCUGGAAGUGGUGGCAUUGUUGUCUCAGAACAGCCUCCUUUACCCCAAGACCGAGAUUCUCUUACUGCAGAAGCCUCUUCUUCCCCAUACUGGAAUGGGACGCCUGUGCACCCUAAGCGAGCCAGUCUCCUUGUCAGACAUAAUCGAGCGUGUCAAAGGUCACCUGCAGCUCCCCCACGUCCGCGUAGCCGUGGGGGCAGGCAGGACACUCGAAUCACCAGUGAAGAAGGCUGCUCUGUGUGCUGGUUCUGGGAGCAGUGUCCUGAAGGGAACAGAAGCUGACCUCUAUCUCACAGGAGAGAUGUCCCACCAUGAUGUGCUGGAUGCAGUUGCCAAUGGGAUAAGUGUUAUCCUGUGUGAGCACAGUAACACUGAGCGAGGCUUCCUGUCAGAGCUGCGAGACGCACUCGCCAUCCACCUACAGAACAAAAUCAACGUCAUUGUGUCUGAGAAAGACAGAGAUCCUCUCCAGGUGGCAUAGGGGGAAAAAACUGGAGAGAGAGAGAAAACUCAGUCAAUUGUGUUAUCCUGCACAGAUCUAUCCAACUGCAGAGCUUAAUGAAGGUGCUUUCAAAUAGUCCAUGAAGACUAGAGUCAAUGAAGGUGCAUUCAAUCACAGAAGGAUUGUAUUAUAGGGUCCCUCAAAGUCUGGGGUAUACUUUGUCAUGUCAGAAAAAUAAAUGUUUGUUUCAGAAUACCAAAGGCUCAUUUAAUCAAUUACUGGACUGUACUUGAAUAAAUUUACUGUUACUGCUUAAUGUUAUUAGAUACAGUUGAUAACCAUGACAUCAAGGGUUGAUUUGGGUAAAAUAUAUAAAACCUGACUUAUCUCCAGAUUUAAGCUUAUGCAGCAGUUAUACCCUACUACAGUUAUGUCAAAUCAUGUCACUGCAAGUCACUAAUAUUUUACCUAAUAAAUUUCAGAAAUAGUAGUUAAUGAAAGGAUGGAGAUUAACUGUUUGCAUUAACAGUUGUACUAAGGCACCACUCAGAUGCAAAUAAGAGAACACAAAGCA